AGACGUUCUUGACUGAAAAGUAGAUUGUCCAGAGAGAUUUAAUAUUAUAUGAAUAUUAUCACUGGUUUUCUUUACAUUGUAUAAAAAAUAUGAAGAUAGAAAGGAUUAAUGUUCUCAUUACAUAACAACGCAUAAUAAAAUGCGCAUAAAAUUAUUUUUAAAUAUUUAUAAAAAAACUUAUGUUUAAUACUGGCCAUAAAUAAAAUAAAUUAUUGCGCGACAUUAAAAACGUUUUUUGACAGCUAACCUAAAAAUGUUCUAUAUCAAUUGUGUAUAUAAUUGUUGUAAAAAUAAUAUUUAGCAAAAUGUCUAUGGACAUGGUUUGCAAUUUUCGUAAAUGUCGGAGGUCUUUAUCUGAUCAUGCAUGGGUGACAACAUGUUCACACGCUUUCUGUAUUGAACACGGCCAGAGGGAAUUCAAAAGAAACGCUGAAAAUUCUUUGACUUGUCCAGCGUGCGGCAGUGAAUUGCGAGAUAAAUUUGAUGUUAUACAAGCCGAUUUAAAACCAUGUGAGACUUUCAAAUCAAUAGUGUUAGCAGGUUUGAAACCUGAUGCAAUCAUGGAUGUUGCAAUGAGAGCAAUGUCAUUUUGGGCAUAUCAAAUCGAACAAGAGACCCUGUACCAAGAAAGCAUGGCGAGUCACGCGAGAGAAAAGCUUCAAUGUUUAGAAGAAGUAAACAAUUUAAAUCUACAGAAAAUAAAGGCCGAGUUGGAAACGUACAAACGUAAAAUUGCUUCUGUACAAGAAGAAUACAAUAAAAAGAGACGGCAGACUGAAGAAUUGAAAGCGCGUUUGGAAGAAAAGUCUCGCAAAAUACAAAAGCUGACAUUUCAAUUAGAAGCCCAAAAAAGAAAAGAUAUUAAUAUAAAUAAUAUGGAAGUAAGUAACGAUAAUAGAGAAAAAUGUAUGGAUAUAUCAGCUCUAAUGCGUAAUAGGUCGACAUCUGAAUCCUUUGUAUUUAAGCCGACUAAAGAGGUGGACAAAUCCCAUCACAGAAUAUGUUCACCAAAAACACCUAUGUUCGAUUUUCAAAAAAAGAGUAGACAUCAUCAAUCGCAUUUCCAGUUUAAACCAUUAUCAUCUUAAUAUUAACAUUUAAGAAAAUUAAGUUAGCUAUUAAGGAAAAUUACCUGCAUUUGCUUAAAAUUUAAUAAAA